AAAGAAAGAAAGAAAGAGCUCACGUGUGAUGUGUUUGUGUAUCCUCAGUGUUUUUCUCUCUUGAGUGUUUUAUUGAGUGUAAAACAGAGUCUUGUCUCUGUGUAUUUUAGUGUUGAUGAUGGAUGUGAUGUGCUGUAAAUCAGUAGGAACUGAUCUGUCCAUGCUGGAUAUUGAUGAUUUCAUCACAGAAAUCUCUCAGCUGAAGAAAGAGGUGGCGUUACUGGAGACAAAGUUGAGGUUAAGAGGAGAUGAAGGACUGAAGAGAGAGGACUCCGAGCUCAGUCUGACUUUACUCUGUUAUACUGAGUCAAAGCACACAGACACUCAUGACACUACAGUGUGUGACAGUAAUCAGGACUUACAGGAUGAGGAAUCUACUGAUCAAACCUCCACAGAGUCUCUGGAUUCUGUCUGUAACGCUGGAGAACAGCAGCAGAUCCUGCAGACCAAACUCAAGAUGUGUUCAGUCAAACUCUUUGACUGCUCGAACCUCAUGAUGGAGACUGGAAAAGAAACCACAGAAGAGAAAGAUCACACUGAUGACGAUGAGGAUGCAGUGGAGAAUUUUGACAACGAUGAUGAUGAUGAUUUUAUUCCUUCAGAUGAGAAGAGUGAUUCAUGUUCUGAGGGGGAAAUAACGUCCUCAACAUCAAAAGAGCAACGGACAGCACAAUCUUUUUCCUGCACCACCUGUGGAAAGACAUUGAGCUCACAAGGACAUUUAAAGAGACAUGAGAGAAGACACAAUGAAGAGAAACUCUUCACCUGCAGGAGAUGUAAGAUCAGCUUUACUACCUUACAAGAACAGAGAUGUCAUUAUUCAGAAGAGCACAGAGAGAAAAAGAAGACGACGAAGAACAAUUCGUUUGACUGUGAGCAUUGUGGAAAGAAUUUUGUCUUCUUAUCUUAUCUAAAAAUUCAUAUGAAGACACACAGUGGUGUAAAGUCUUUCAAGUGCACUGAAUGUAACAAAUAUUUCACCAGCAAAGGAAACCUUGAUGUUCAUCAGAGAAUUCACACGGGAGAAAAACCAUACAAGUGUCCUCACUGUAAAAAGAGAUUUAGAUACAAGCCUUAUCUGAAGAAACAUGUGCGUAUACACACCAAUGAGAGGCCGUAUCAGUGCAGUGAAUGUGGAAAAACCUUUACAGACCUUGGUUCUUUAAAGUCACAUCAAAAAACACAUUCUGAAGAGAAACCCUAUCAGUGUUCAUAUUGUGAUAAACGUUUCCGUCAUAAAUCUCAGCUGAUCGUCCACGAGAGAAGUCACACUGGAGAGAAACCUUAUCUCUGUUCUUACUGUGGUAAGAGCUUCUCUAAUCAAGGUUCUGUAAUCUUUCAUUUGAGAGUUCACACUGGAGAGAAACCUUAUCACUGUAAUAUCUGUGGGAAGAGUUUUAAUCGUCAGAACAUUUUCGCGAAUCACCAGAGAACUCAUACAGGUGAAAGACUUUACAAAUGCUCUCAGUGUGAGAAGACGUUUGCUCGAUCAGAUGUCCUGAAGACCCAUCAGAGAACUCAUACUGGAGAGAAACCUUACGUCUGCUCGAUCUGCGGAGAGAGAUUUGCUUAUUUAGGAAGUUUUUAUGCUCACAAGAAGAAACAUACUGAAGAACAAACUACACUGCAAUCAUCAUAGCAUCUUUUAUAGACGUCAUUGCGUAAAAAUCUGUCUUUUUCCAUGUUUAAGUGCUAUAAUUUAGUCCACAGUGCUUCCGCCAACCUAGAAAAAGAACAACCCAGUAACUUUGGCCCUGUUUAUGUUAGAGCAUUUGCGUUUUAAAACGGCAUUUUAAAAUGAAAACGAUCCUCGUUUAUACUGGCAUUUUAAAAAGAAUCUUCAUCCACACUAUACACCACCAUAAAUGCAUGAAACAUGACCAAUCAUGUAACUGGGCAUGCGCAUAAAAGUGUAAAAUAACUUAUUAUUCUAAUAAUAGCUUACCUUUGCGCGUUUAUGCAGCCUGGGGGUGUGCGAUAUAGACAAAAAGUCAUACCUCCUUUGCUGCAGGCAACUAUAAAAGACACUAUUUUUUAACCUAUAAAAAUGUGUUUGGGAAAGUCUUAUACUGUUCUAGCUCCCCCCUACAACAUAUUAAUAUGAUUAAUAGGUUAAUUUUGAUUUUAUAACUAAACAGAAAGGUCUUUAUGAUUUAAAAAGAAAGCAUUCAAGUGAACAGUACUAAACAGUAGCGAGCUUGAAGCAAAAAUAAAUUUCAGCAAAUGCAAACUUCAAUCAAGCAUAGUAAGAGGUGAAGUAUUGCUUUAGCCUACCAGAAAUGAUUAUUGCAUUAAUUUUUAAAAGUGUGCGAGGUCCGUGCACGUCCUCCGCUAGCAACACAGAAAUAGCUAAAAGCGCAAUGCCUAAACGAGCAUUAUAUAUUAAUGACGAUGAGUUUAUUGUUUUUAUUAAUUUAUAUUUACAAAACUUAUCAACAAAACAUCGAUUAAAAUUAAGAGACAAAUUAUCUGAAACGAAAUUCUAACAAAACUUACAUUAAACUGGAAAAUAAUGUCUGACGCAUUACAAUUCUCCCUUCAUAUUGGCCUUUACAACGCCUUACAGUCUAUCUUUCGUAAGCUAGCUAAAUUUAAAGAAAACAUAAACACAUUACAACAAUACUCAAACCCAACAAUACUCAAACAUUAAUAUAAAACAGACAUUAUCUAUAAGGAUACAUGUUAAAACAAUCCGAUAUAGUGUUUAUAAUAGCUGGUUGGUAGAUGUUUACUAUUUUUGGCAAAACCUCCGUUGCAAACCUACAUUUACAUGAAUAAAAUAAUUUUUACUUUGAAAAUGAUGCGCUGUCACGUUAACAUCAGCUGUUCGUUUACAUAAGACUUCGUCUACAUUCAUUUACACUCAGAGCAACGUCUGAGUUCUCAAACUAAAACAGGGUCUUCAGCGUUUGCGAACGAAUCCGUUUAUGAGGGUCGAAAACGGUGAUGUAGUGUAGAUGAAAGGUGUAAACGUAGCAAAAGUAACGCGUUUUAAAGGAUAAACGCAUUAAUGUAAACAUAGCCUUUGUUUUGGUAAACCAUUCUUUGCAAGCAUGUAUAAAAUUAGGUCGUUCAGAUUUCACCAGUUUUGUGACGCAGGUAGCAUUUUAAUUACAACAAUACCCCCCCUUAAUCUGCACUAUCCAACCAUGGCACUGCCAUUUAGUGCAGAGAGAGAGAAAAUAAUUGACAGCACAACUGAGUUUCAAUUUCAACAAACCACCAUUAUGGUGAUCAGUAUUUGCAUUUGAUCAGCUCAUUUGCAUUUUAAGGCUGCUCACAUCUACAAAGCGGCACUUUUAACAUGCUAUAAUUAAUUAUCUGUGAGGUAUUUUGAGGUAAAACUUCACAUACACACUCUGGGGACUACAAAAACUUAUUUUACAUCUUAAAAAGAAUCUCAUAGUAUGACCCCUUUAACUUUUGAUUAAUUGAGCUUAAAGGGGACAUAUUAUUAGAUACACUGUCUGCUCUUGUAGGUUCGUCCUCCUCUACAACAUUUGGGAAAUUAGGCAUUUCCUAAAUGAACAUGCGACAUAAGUCCUAGUCCAGGCUCUUGUCCUGUACAGACUGGACUAUUGCAAUGAUACUGGCCGACAUCCCAGCCUGCACAACCAAACCCCUAUAGAUGAUCCAAAAUAAUGGGCCAAGAGUAGCCUUCAGUGAGCCAAAGAGGGUGUAUGUUACACUGGCUUCCUAUUGCAGCUCGCAUCAAAUUCAAAGCUCUGCUCCUGGCCUUUAAAACCACCACUGGGUCAGCAGCUUACCUUCACCUGCUUAUACAGACUUAUGUACCCUCUCGAUCCCUGCGCUCCACCACAGAGGGAUGGCUUGUGGUGCCAUCCCCAAAAUGGAAAAAAUCACUGUCGCGUACCUUUUCUGGAUUGGUGUAAUGAUCUGCCGGUUGUGACAAGAAUGUAAAUCUUGAGCGAUUGAAUGUGUUUAUCUGUUUAUCUGUAGUUCAGUUGUACGUGUGUUUCUGUUGCUCUCUUCUCUUCUUGUUCAUCUAUUCUUUAGUGAUUAUGUUUGUUAACAGCAAGUGUUCAUCAUUAAUGUUCAUUCAUCACGUCUAUGUAUUUGAUUGGAUAAAGCAUCUUUAAUACAUUUAAUUUCUUCAAUGAGAAUUUUUGUUUCGAUUGAUAUCAAUCACAAAUAUUGAUUUAAAGACUCUCUUCAACCCUAUGCCAGGUUUUCAUAGACGUAGAAAAUAUUGUUAAGGGCAACUUAUUUGUUUUUCAUUGGCUCAAGUUAUAAAAUAUAGGUUUACCAACAAUUACCUUACUUUUUUUAAUCGGAUGAAUGCUUUUUUUCAGUGUAAGUGUACAGCCCACCAAAGUCAUACAGUGUAAAAAGUGAAAGCUGCUCUAUCUAAUAUGUCCAAACCACGAUAAAUAGCUUUAAAUACUGAGAAAUAAUGUUCUUGGGAAUAUCUUUGUUAAUUUGUAUUUGAAAAUCAAAUAUUGUCAUUGGGAAUAUCCAUUGUGAAUGUUGGAUAAAGUCGCUGUUGGGCUAACAGCAUAUUCUUCUGCCUUCAAAGCAUCCUUCGGAAGUGUGACUCUUCUUCUAUCUUCCUGAGACAGUCAGUGUUGAUGAUAAGAUGGAUGCGAUGUUCUGUAUAUCAGGAACUGAUCAGGGCUUACAGGAUGAGGAAUCUACUGAUCAAACCUCCACAGAGUCUCUGGAUUCUGUCCGUAACGCUGGAGAACAGCAGCAGAUCCUGCAGACCAAACUCAAAAUGUGUUCAAUAAGACUGGAGGACUGCUCGAACCUCAUGAUGAAGAUCAAAACUAAACAUACAGCAGAUGAAUAUGAAGACAAACAUAAUGAUGGUCAUGAUUUUAUUCCCUCAGAUGUGAAGAAUAAAUUAUGUUUGGAUGAAGAAAUAACGUCCUCGACUCUUUCCUGCAUCACCGGUGGAGAGACAUUGAGCUCACAGAGACAUUUACAGAGAAAACACACAGAACAGAAACUGUGCACCAGAUCUAAGAUCAGCUUUUCUGCCUUACAAGAUAAGAAACUUCAUUCAGAAGAGCACAGAGAGAAGAAGAAGAAGAAGAAGAAGAAGUUUCACUGUGAGCAGUGUGGGGAGGAUUUUGGCUCCUUAUCUCAUCAGAGAUUUCACAUGAGGGGACACAAUGCUAAAAAACCUUUCUACUGCACUGAAUGUGGCCAUUACUUCAGAACCAAAAACCGUCUUGAUUGUCAUAAGAGAAUUCACACAGGAGAAAAACCAUACGAGUGUCCUCACUGUAAGAAGAGAUUUAGCCAAACAACUAAUUUGAGGUCACAUAUGUUUACACACACCAAUGACAGUCCUUAUCAGUGCAGUGAAUGUGGAAAAACCUUUAGGGAUUCAAGUCAAUUAAAAUUACACCAAACACUACACACUAAAGAGAAACCCUUUCAAUGUUUACACUGUGAUAAACGGUUCAAUCGUAAAACUACUCUUACAGCCCAUCAGAGACUUCACACUGGAGAGAAACCUCAUUACUGUCAUGUCUGUGGGAAGAGUUUCAGUCACCGUGGAAAUUUACUGUCACACCAGAGAAUUCAUACUGGAGAGAAACCUUACAAAUGUGCUCAGUGUGAGAAGACGUUUGCUUAUUCAUCUCACUUUAAAGCCCAUCAAAAACUUCAUACUGAAGAUAACCCUUAUCGCUGUGAUGUUUGUGGAAAGAGUUUCAGUCGACAUGACAAUUUAGUGAGACACCAGAUAAUUCAUACAGGUGAAAAACCUUACAAAUGCUCUCAGUGUGAGAAGACGUUUGCUCAAUCAGGUACCUUAAAAUCCCAUGAGAGACUUCAUACUGGAGAGAAACCUCAUAUUUGUAGUGUCUGUGGGAAGAGUUUUAGUCAUAGAAGCAGUUUAGUUUCACACCAGAGACUUCAUACAGGAGAGAAACCUUACGUCUGCUUGAUCUGUGAGAAGAAAUUCACUCAUGCCGUAAGUCUUCAAAAUCAUCAGAAGGAACAUACUGAUGAACAAAUACACUGAAAUCAUCAUAGCAUCUAAAAGUCCAGACUGACUGUGUAUAGGUCCUAUUCUGCAUGAAUGUUCAACAUUAUAACAUGCUAUGAAAACAAUAGCUUUUAUUAUUAA